AUGGAAGGUCCGGAAGUGGGAGACGUUGGUCCCAAAGACAACGACAUUAGAAAGAUCCUGUCACAGCUGAACCAGGAGCUGCAGGAGAUGGAAGAGAUGUUUGAGGACAACAUCAUUUACAGACAGAGGGACCUUCAACCACCCACCUGGUCCAGCAGCGAGGUCCAGACACAGGCCUGGUCCAGCAGCGAAGUCCAGACACAGACUCAGGCCUGGUCCAGCAGCGAGGUCCAGACUCAGGCCUUGUCCACCUGCGAGGUCCAGACGCAGACUCAGGCCUGGUCCACCAGCGAGGUCCAGACAGAGACUCAGGCCUGGUCCAGCAGUGAGGUCCAGACACAGGCCUGGUCAAGCAGCGACGUCCAGACUCAGGCCUGGUCCAGCAGCGAGGUCCAGACUCAGGCCUUGUCCAGCUGCGAGGCCCAAACACAGACUCAGGCCUGGUCCACCUGCGAGGCCCAGACACAGACUCAGGCCUGGUCCACCUGCGAGGCCCAGACACAGACUUAG